AUGAGUUGUAUGAUCUUUGGUACCACCGGCUUGUGUGGUAGAGAAAUCCUCAAAUAUGCCGAAAAGCUGACUUCCUUUGCCAAUAUCACAUCUGUCACCCGUCGCCCCUUCGACUCAAACAGCGUUAAGGUUGACCUGGUAGUCGAGAAAGAUUCAGGUCGCUACAAGAAUAUAAUUGCCGAGCGCCGCCCGAACGUGGUGUUCUCAAGUUUAGCCACUACCAGAGGUGCAGCAGGCUCGGCGCAAGCGUUCGUGGACAUCGAUUUCGGGAUCAAUUUCGAAAUUGCAAAGGCCGCCAAGGAAGCCGGCGCCCACACUUUUGUGUUGGUAUCCUCUACGGGCGCAGACGCCAACUCAAUGUUUUUGUACUUGAAGACCAAGGGUAGAUUGGAGGAUGCUGUACUCGACCUCAAAUUCCCACGCACAAUUAUCUUGCGUCCUGGUCCAUUGUUGGGAGAACGUGACAAAUCAAAGGGUUUCCUCAAUGAUUUGUCGGCAACUGUGUUCAGAUCGUUCCAUGGAAAUUUCAUUGGGCGCAACGUCAUUCAUCCAAUCUAUGGCAGCGAGGUGGGCCGUGUGGCGGUUCACUUGGCCCAGACGCCUUUGGUGUCAACUUCUGAGCCAGUAGUUAAGAUUGUUAGUGCCCUGGACCUCUUGAGUCUUGCCGAUUCUGUUGCUUAUCUUUCUUAG